AUCGUAAAACCUGAAAGACAUGUUCAGAAUAUGCGUCUUAUUUUCUCGUGUUUACUUUUUAAGCUUUCCAUUGUGAAUAUCUCAUUCGGAUACGACGAUAUAUCGGCACAUAAACCAACAGAGCAAAGCACAAUAUACACUAAAACUGAUGUGUCUCAGAAUGCUGUAGACAGAUCUUUAUUCACAUGUUCUACUACUGAUAGUUCAAAUCCAGCUUGGUGGUAUGUGGAUCUCCAAAAAGUCAAAAGUAUCUAUGACGUAGAGAUUUACUUCAGACUUUAUGGUACCGAAUAUGAACAACGACAGAGAGAGCGCAUGUAUGGAUACAAACUCUACAUCUCUAACAGUACAGACUUCAGUUUGUUACACGAGGCUUACUUGUGUUACAGUCACAAUGGGCCAGAGUUACCCAAUCUUAACGUUACACAUGUAUGUGUUUCAUUUGGACGAUACGUAAUUUUCUACAAUGAAAGAAUUCCUGGUGUGACGUAUCCCGACAAUAAACAUUAUACAUACACACAACUUUGUGAAGUUAUAGUGCAAGGUUGUGAAGAGGAUGGUGUUUAUGGAUUCAACUGCAAUGAAACCUGUCCUACUAAUUGUCAAGAGAGGAUGUGUUACAUAACUAAUGGGACUUGUGUUGGAUGUAAAGACGGCUGGACUGGGGACAAGUGUACAGAUGCUUGUCCAGCUGGAUAUUACGGAGCUGAAUGUAGGAGAAUAUGUUCAGAUGGAUGCAGAAAUAAUUUCUGUAAUCAUGUGACUGGUCAUUGUGAGGGAUGUCGUACGGGAUGGAUGGGAUUUUUUUGCAAUGAAACUUGCGAACCUGGUGCAUUCGGUCUAAAUUGUUCUGGAAGAUGCAGCAGCCAAUGUGUGAACAAAUCUUGUAAUUACAUAACUGGUUUUUGUGAUUAUGGUUGCAUGCCAGGAUGGAGAAAUGAUAAAUGCAACAUACUAUGUAGUGAUGGUCGAUUUGGUGUCAAGUGUGAAGGGUUCUGCAGUGGUAAUUGUUUGAACAAUGAAACCUGUCACCAUGUCGAUGGUCAUUGUACUCAUGGAUGUCAGGCAGGAUUUCAAGGCGGCAAAUGUGAUGCUCCUUGUGGCCAGGGAUUCUUCGGUAAAAAUUGCUCCCAGAAGUGUUCUGUAAAUUGCCAUUCUAUAUGUAAUAAUGUUAAUGGACUAUGCACGUGCAACAAAGGAUUGAUGGGAAGAAAUUGUUCCAAAGCGUGCUCCUCUGGACAUUAUGGUUAUAACUGUGAAGAACUCUGUAGUUCAAACUGUCUGAAGAACGAGAUUUGUAACAUUAUAAAUGGAAGUUGUCCUAGUGGUUGUCAGGAGGAUUACGAGGGUGAUACAUGUCAAAGUUUAAAAGGUUUUGUUCCACUGCCUUCCAUAGACGCAUACACGGAAGAUAGAGGCAAAGUUGACGGACUGACAGCAGGAUUGGUCAUUUCUUUACUUCUCAAUGUAGGAUUCUGUUUCACGGUACUUUGUCUUAUCAGAAAAAAGAGAAAUGAGAAGGGAAAUGACCAACCAUCAUACGAUAUCACCAGUAGAGAGAGUUUCCAACAAAGUUCAACACCUGAUCGUGUUGACCAUGUUGAAAAUCACGCAUACGAGGAAUUGAAUACCACACAAUCCGUCCAUAUCUAUAGAAAUCUCUCGUUAAAUGAUGCCAGGACAAACUCCUCAUAAUUUCAAGAGUAGCAAGAUGUAUAUAUAUCUUAUAGCAAG